GUGGAGGAUCUCUUUCGGGUGGUUGUUAAUGAGCUUUCGCGGGAGUAUGGGGGACGGUUGUUUGAGUCGCGCGUUAUGUAAGGCGUCAACUGUUCCAGUUGUUCCAUUUGGUUCCAAGGUCUCUUCCAUUUCCAGAUCCCUCAUCAUGGCUACGCCGCGCUCCUCAGCUAUCCAUGCUCUCUCCUCUGCGAAUCCCAAGCAGCCUUCUUUACUUGUUUUCUCAGGUGGAACUGCAUUUAAUGGUGUUGUAGAAGAAUUGAAAAAGUUAACAACUAGCGUUGCACAUGUUCUCCCUGUCUCUGAUGAUGGAGGAAGUACAGCUGAGAUUGUUCGAGUGCUUGGUGGUCCAGCUGUUGGAGACAUAAGGUCAAGAUGUUUGAGACUCUCAGAUGAAAGUACUUCUGAAGCUCUAGCUGUGCGAAGAUUGCUUGGUCACCGCUUACCUAUUGAUGCUAUACAAGCCAAAUCAGAAUGGUACAAAAUUGUGGAAGGAGAGCACUCUUUAUGGAAAGAUGUAUCAAAACCCUACAGGGAAACAAUUCAAGCUUUUCUGGUUUAUUUUCAAAAUCAGAUCCUUCGCCGGUCAAGUGAAUAUUUCUGUUUCAGCAAUGGCAGCAUCGGAAAUUUCUUCUUUGCAGGGGCACGCAUAUUCUUUCAGUCUUUAGAUGCUGCAAUAUUUUUGUUUUCCCGUGUUUCAGAUAUUCCGUCCGAAAGUCUUGUUCUCCCUGUGAUUUCAACCAAUGACAGGCUUACAUUGGGAUGUGAAUUAUGGGAUGGAACUGUGAUACGUGGUCAGAACGAAAUAUCUCAUCCAACCAGUGGAUCUAUAGAACCAAUAAAUAAGGAAAACUCCAAAGUUUCGACACUGCCUUCAAGAAUAAAGAGGGUGUUCUACAUGUCGAGUGAGGGAAAAAAUUUGCUGCAUGAGGUCUUCCCUGAAGCUAACCCUUCUGUCCUGGAUCAGCUGAAUAAUGUUGACUGCAUAGUUUAUGCAAUGGGUUCACUAUUUACUUCUGUCUGCCCCUCACUGGUCUUACUUGGCAUUGCGGAGAUCAUUUCCUUGAGAUCUUGUCCCAAGGUCCUUUUGUUGAAUGGCUCACAUGACAGAGAAACUAGUGGUUUCUCUGCAUCUUGUUUUGUAACCGCCAUUACAGAUGCUUUAAACAGAAAAUAUGGAGAGCCUCAAAACUGUCUCAAUAACCGUCCGAGUGAAUACAUCAAUGCCUUGUUGGUUCCUAAGGAUGGUGAAAUUCCUGUAGAUACUAACUCUUUGGCUGCCCAAGGAAUUUUUCAUGUGAUAAUGGUUGAUUCCAUACAUGAUCCCAAAGGUGGAAUUAUUUUUGACCCAAAGUCUUUAAUUCAAGCUCUUGCCCAUUUGAUUGACGAUCAAAUGAGCAUACAUGAUAACGGAGCUUUAUGACCGUUUGGGGUAUUCAGGACCAUGUGGGAGAAAUUAAAUUGAUAUCUGAUCCUCACCUUUCAGGUGGAUUCUUUUUGAGGUCUUCCCCAGCUAAACAAUCUUUUAUGAUACAAAUGUCCUAGCAAGUGCAGUCUUGUGAUCCUCCAAUUCUGGAUGAUAUGUACAAUAUGUAUUAUCAAAAGCCUAAGGCAACAGGAAUUUUAUCAGUUAGUCCAACAAUUUUCUUCUCGAUUAUAGUUAAAAAAAGAAAAAAAAAAAAUUUUCUUGACAGGUAUUUCUUUCAGGUUUCUCUCCAGAGGACGUGUUCAGUUGCCAUAGGCAUGAACCUAGUCACUCUUUUGAGCAGCUGUUCAUCUCUUGGCUCUUUUCUUCAUCAGAGGCCAAAAGCAGCGUUGGAGUUGUCGUAAAAAUCUUAGAAGGAAAACAUUUUAUUGUAUGUAAAGUAUGGCUACCAUACUUAUAUGUGUCAUUUUUUGAUACUACUAUUUUUUGUAGUGCAGUUAGUGGUUUAUACAUUGGGAUUGUAGAAAUCAUGUAGAACAUGGACAUCAAAGGAUUUGGUAGUUGUGGCGCUGACCUUUUUGGCUGGUUUUACAUACCAAAACAUGGAAAACAUGUAUAUGGGGUCGCCAUUUUAAUCUGAAACUAACUAUUUCUG